AUCCAAGCCCUCCAAUUGAUUAAACCUCCGCAUGAGGCAGAAAGCCCCUAAUUAUGCCCGGGAUUCCCAGCGGAGUCAGCGACCCAGCACGACUGACAGGCGGUUCAGGCCAUUCACCAUCUGCUGCUCUCUUCCCACACCUUCGUCGCCUCGCACCCCUUUUUCACUUGGUGCGACCUUUCCUAUUCCAAAUCAGCACCGCAGUCCCAUUUUCUUCCACGUUGGCGAUAGUUUUAGGUUAGAACUGAGUUUCCAAGGCUGCGACUAAAGCCAAAACUUAAUCCAGCCUGUCGGGUUCAGCGUCAAAAAAAGGAAAAGACUGCCACUUCCACUCACUGCCCCCAUUAGC